GCAGCCGGGGAAGGGGACAAAGCAUCUCAGCUCUGCCUGCUCCUGAGCCACAGGACACCUCCGCCUGCCUGAUCGCCCUGCCCCAUCGCCGGCCAGAAUGACCCUCCGCAUCCUGCUGCUGCUGGUAGCUGCCCUGUGCAUCUGCAAGGCCCAAGGGAGCGAGAACCAGGCGUCCGACUGCUGCCUGAGCCACAAGAAUCGUCCCAUCCCGCACCAUCUCGUCUCCGCGUACAGAAUCCAGAGUCCCGAGACAGGCUGCCGGCUCUCAGCUAUUGUGUUCAUCACCAAGAAGAACAGGAAUCUCUGUGCCCCGCCCAAUGCUCGCUGGACUCUUGACCUGAUGGAGAAACUGAAUGGGAAAAAAGGACAAACCACAGCAGGCCGUGCUGGGAAACAGUCCCGCUCGAAGGGAACCAAGCUCCGGAAGCAGAGGAAGCCCCAGCACUAAGAGGGCACCUGCUGUCCCCACCCCGGAGCCUGCCUGGCUGCUCAGUUGAUCUUGGCAGAGCCCCCCGGCUGCAAGCAAAGGAGACCGGGCUGAUUCCUGACAUGGGGGCAGAGGGUUUGGCUUGAGGCGGUGUGUGAUUCUUUUCUAGAAUUUCUUCUGGAGCUGCUGCACCUCCCGCUAAGCAACCGUGACCUGCGUCAGCCACGACUCCCUCCCGCGGCUCCCGGCCAGGCUCACAUCUACUGCUUAACGCCCCCCGACCUUUGCAUUAAAAGCCAGGAAUUAGCGAGUCUGCUCUUGCUGAACACGCCUUUCCUCAAGGCCAGCUCCAGUGAGGUCAAAGGGAGCACGUGCCCUGACCUUCCUGGGCUGUUCGUCAGCACCUAGGUAAACCUGUAAAUCCCAAAGCUGCAAUCCCUGCUGCCCCUAUGCUGCCUCCACGGCUGUGGGCAGGGCCAGUACCUAUCCCAGGGGGAGAGAUGUUUGCCCACAGAGCCUUCGGACAAGGACUUUGGUUAAUUAAGUUCUAUGCAGAUAUAUGGUUGUAAUAAAAAGAUACACAGGGCUUAGUAAUACCAGUUAAGACUGCAGGCAGCUGGACUAGCAAGUCCUUAUAGCUUCUAUCGAGCGCGCUUAUCUGGUUUGAUUGUUUUAUUAGGUGGCUCUUUCAGAGUGUAUUAAGAAACUGUUUCAGAGUAGCAGCCGU